CCUCCAUGCAGCUGCAGGCUUGCCGCGUGUCAUUGCACGUCAUUGUGAUGCAACAGUGGGUGAGAGUGACAUAAAGCUGCAGGCUGGAACUCCGGCUGGGGUGGCCUCAGUUCGCUGCUGCUGGAGUGAGAGGUGGUAGCGGAGGGUUGCAGCUCUCAGAGAGUUCCUACCAGGAGCCAUGGAGUGCUGUUGCAGUGCUGGAUUCCGAAAUCCAGAUGAAUUUCUGAGCAGAGCGGGGAAGAGCGGAAAGCUCCGACCCAGAGGACAGGAAGUUGGAGCAGGAGGUAGCUGGCUGUUGGACCUUCCACUCGGGGUUAAAAUCCCUGUGCAGCCCGGCACCAAGCUCCUUUUCGCCAGGAGAAAGCUGGGGGAAAAGCUCCACCAGCCUUCUCCUCAGUUUGACCUGGGAGAUCCGUACAGUCGCAAUCUGCGCACAGAGUACAACAGCCUGCAUGACCCGCAUCUGCGGGGCUACUACGACCACAAAGCCAACCUGCGGAACCUGAAGAACAGGGGCUUGGUCACCAAGGAUGGCAGAGUCGUCUGCACUCUGAAAGAGUUCAAUGAGUACAGGCAGUACCUGACCAGGCUGAAGAUGGAGCAUGAGAAUAUAAAGAGGCGAGAAGAGCAGGAGCUUCAGGGAUGUUCAAAGAACACAGGACGUGCAAUGAAGGUGCCUGUCAAGUUGCCUAAACUUGAGACAGGCAGCAGAGGUGCCAAGCUCCCUCAAAGCGUCUGUGCUGAUGCUGCCUCAACAGGAAAGCUACGCUUCCCUGGAGGUCAUGAGUUUAGAGCUAUGUCUCAGCACAGGGAAGAUCAGCGUCUUCAAGAGGUGGAUGGGACUCAGGAGAAAGAAGCGUUGGAGGAGGUGAAGGCGCUGGAUCCAUCUGCUGAUGCCUUAAGGAGAGCCUCCAUCAGAAUCAGACAAAGAUUGCUCGGAAGUACAGAGAGAGCAGAGCCGUCAGAGAUGUCCCCUUCCAGCCCUGAGCUGGAUGCUGCACAGCAGGCAAGGGAACUUGUAGCAAACGUGCUGCAGAAUGCUAUGAAUUCCUUGAAAUCUAGCUAGAAUACACUAGAUACAAUCAUGACAUAAGAAGACUGGGUAAUUAGCAUACUGUGCAACAUACAAUUGGUUGCCUUGUCCCAACUACAUAGUCUAAUAAAAUCCUGACAACAUCACAACUUCUAUCCUCGCCACUGCCUAGUUCUUGUUUUUCUGCUUC